UGCAUCUGUAACUUUUCUGCUCUUUUACCAGAACGGCUCUUGCUUUUGUCAAAGACUCCAUCGUUUACAUCGUUGGACAGACGGAAGCGUCCGCAUCAAGAUGCAAAUUUUCGUAAAGACCCUCACGGGCAAAACCAUCACCCUCGAGGUUGAGUCUUCGGACACUAUCGACAAUGUCAAGGCCAAAAUCCAAGACAAGGAGGGCAUUCCCCCCGACCAGCAACGCUUGAUCUUUGCAGGAAAACAGCUCGAGGAUGGUCGCACCCUCAGUGACUACAACAUUCAGAAGGAGUCCACUCUCCAUCUGGUGCUUCGUCUCCGUGGUGGUGCCAAGAAGCGCAAGAAGAAGACCUACAACACCCCCAAGAAGAUCAAGCACAAGCGCAAAAAGGUCAAGAUGUCUAUCUUGAAAUAUUACAAGGUGGACUCCGAUGGCAAGAUCAAGCGUCUCCGUCGUGAAUGUCCCAGUGCUGAAUGUGGCGCUGGAAUCUUCAUGGCCUUCCAUAAGGAUCGUCAGUAUUGCGGCAAGUGUGGGUUGACGUACACUUUCACCCCCGGCACCAAGCCUCCCGUUGUGUAAGCCAUAGUACGACAACAGGUGUUGGAGACUGGAAGUUGUGUACUUACUGUAUAUGAUGUUGUAUCUCUGCGACAAUCCCAGUUGACUGCCAUUUGAACGAUUUCUCCAGUUU